CAGCUGAGGGAGUGCAAGGCCGGAGUGCACAUAACGGAUCUUUGCAGCUGAAGUCGGAGGCUGAAGCUGCUGAGAGGAACAGGCGGAUCACCAGCUUCAACAGGUCUUGGCUUUUAAGAGGACGGCUGAGCGGCCGGACGGACGGACGUUUGAAUGCAUUUAUCGCUGGAUACGAUGAGCUUGGUGGACGACAGCUGUCUCUCACCCAGCAACUUCCACGACACGGGGAAAGGUGGGGGUGCCACCUCAGGGGGCCACGUCCACAGUAUUGAUGUCAUUCUCGGGUUCAGUAAAGACCAGGACGCUUUACAGUUCCCCACAGGGGCCGUCGGGCCCCACAGAGUGGACAUAGACGGCCCAGCAGAGACGGCCAAACAGCAUGAGUCCUCGUCACAUCCGUCCUACGGCAGACAUGUUUCCUUGCUGAGGAAUGUCGGCGUGGAGCAGCAGCAGCCAUACCAGGAUACUGGUUUGUACUCAGACAAGUGUGAGGAGGACUUGAUGGAACUGAGGAAGAGUGUAGACAGUGAUGAAGGGAAGUCUCCAGAGCCAGGCAAGGAGGACCAGCCCAAGAAGAAACACAGACGGAACCGCACCACCUUCACUACUUACCAGCUCCAUGAGCUGGAACGUGCCUUUGAGAAGUCCCACUACCCAGAUGUGUACAGCCGUGAGGAGCUGGCCAUGAAGGUGAACCUCCCAGAAGUCCGCGUUCAGGUCUGGUUCCAGAACCGCAGAGCUAAAUGGCGGCGGCAGGAGAAAAUGGAUGCCAGCACCAUGAAGCUCCACGACUCGCCCAUGUUGUCCUUCAACCGGACGGCCCCUGUGCACGCAAGCAUGGGGCCCAUGACAAACUCCUUACCUUUGAACCCCUGGCUGACUUCCUCCCUCUCCAGCACGACACCAGUCCACAGUAUCCCUGGAUUCAUGGGCCCAGCUCAAGGCCUCCAACCCACCUACCCCAGUCACAGCUUUCUGAACUCAUCCCCUCAUCAUCCUCAUUCCCAUCCCUCCAUUUGCCAGGGAAUGCAGAGUAUGGCUCCUCCCCCUUACCAGUGCCCCGGCGCCUAUCCUGAAAAGUACUCUCUGGAGGAUGUGGAUCAGGGCAGCUCGAGCAUCUCUGCUCUGAGGAUGAAAGCAAAAGAACACAUUCAGUGUAUGGACAAGACCUGGCAACUCAUCUGACUAUGAUCUGAC